AAGUUCAGCACCAUGGAGAGCGCUCGGCUGCACCUCCUGCUCUGGCCGCUCCUCCUGCUCCUCUCUCUCUCAGCCAACUGCCAGGAAGACUCCGACUCACUGGAGACCAGAGCCGCCGACUUCUUCUCCCAGGGAGACAACAGCGUCCAUGAGAAGGACCUGAUCGAUGCGCUGCAAGAAGUGCUGGAAAAACUGAAAAAUAAAAGGCUUCCUUUGUUUGAGAAAAAAUAUGGCCAAGUGCCCAUGUGCGAUGCUGGAGAACAAUGCGCUGUCAGGAAAGGACCACGAAUCGGAAAGCUCUGCGACUGCCCCAGACGGACUUCAUGCAAUACGUUUCUAUUAAAGUGUUUGUGAGCCUCAUAAUGGCGAGGACAAAGCCCAUUCUCCUGGAUUAUCAGGAGAGAGAAGAGAAAUCCCAAGGGCACAUUCUGAUUGGGUGUCAAGGGGUUUCAUGAUUGUUUUUUCAUUAUGGGGAGCGUUCUGUUGUAGAGCAGUGUCAUACGUGUGCAAGAGCAUAAACUGCCAUUUUUGUCAUUGCUUCAAGCAGAGAUGGGCGCUGUUUUAUACACACCUGUUACACCUACAGGUACAUAACCUGCUACCAUUAUGUGCAACUGUAUAUAUAUAUUGUUCUGUAAAAAUAAGAAAAAAACAAAUGCAUCCAUGAGAUUUUGUCAAGAAAACAUUUCAUCACAAAGCUUCUAUUAAAUGCACAUGUUUUAUCAUAAAA